UAAUAAGAAAGUGUGUGAAGUGAAAAGCAAAGGAAAGAAAAACUCAAAAUUAUCUCACUCUCAACAAUCACAUUCUCACUUGUAUACUACUAUAUACUCCAUUUUUUCCCCUUUUCUGCCAGAUCCAAACACCAUCCAAGAAAACAUGACUAAAGAUGAAGACUUUAAGCUCCUUAAGAUCCAGACUUGUAUUCUUAGAGUGAAUUUACACUGUGAUGGUUGCAAACACAAAGUGAAGAAACUACUUCAGAAAAUUGAUGGUGUAUACCAAGUGAUCAUAGAUGCAGAACAACAAUUAGUAACAGUUUCAGGAAGUGUAGAUUCUGCAACUUUGAUCAAGAAACUUGUUAGAGCUGGUAAACAUGCUGAACCAUGGUCAAACAAGUCAAAGUCAAACCAAAACCAAAACCAAAACCAAAACCAAAACCAAACUCCAAAUCAAAAGGGGUCUUGUUUAAAAGAUAAUAACAAGAAAAACAAAGGCCAAACACAAGAUUUCCUGAAAGAUCUUGAAUCCUUAAAAAACCAACAAAAGUUUCUACCUUUAAUCUCCGAAAUAUAUGAUGAAGAUGAUGAUCUUUUUGACGAUGAUGAUGGUGAUGCGGAAGAACAAGAAGAAGAGAUGAAACUAUUAGCUCAAAGAGCUAAUCAGUUGCAACUUUUGAGGCAACAACAACAACAGUUGCUACAACAGCAGCAGUUUCAGCAACAGCAGCAGCAGCAGUUGCAGCAACAACAUGCUGCUGGUGCUGUUGCGGCUAAGAAUGCGCAGAACGCGAACACUGGAAAACCGACUAAUGGGAAUGCGAAUGUGAAUGGAAAGAAAGGGAAUGGGAAUGGGAAUGGUGGGGGUGCUGUGAGUAUGAAUCUUGGGGAUGGUAAAAAUGUAAAUGAAAUGAGUGCUAUGUUGAACAAUCUUGUUGGUUUGGGACGUGGAGAUGGCGGUUUAAGGAAUGGUGGUGGUGUGUUUGGUAAUAAUAAUGUUUUAGGUGCUGGUACAACAGGGUUCCAUCUUCCUAAUGGUGGAAUACCAAUGUCAACAGGCGGUGGCGGUUACAAUCCGCAAGCGGCUGCAGCCAUGAUGAUGAAUAUGAAUGGUGGAAGCGCCGGUGGAUCACCAGGGUACAACAACUCGGCUGCUGCAGCCAUGAUGAUGAAUUUGCAGAAUAGGCAAGCAGCAUUGCAGAAUCCGCAGCCUCAGUCUCAAAUGAUGUACCACAGGGCACCUAUCAUUCCGCCGGCUACUGGUUACUACUACAAUUACAAUGCCGGUCCCUUUACUUACAAUGAGUAUCCUCAAAACUACUACCACGCAAAUGGUGAUGGUGGCGGUGGUGGUAACGAGAACUCUGCUGCUCAUAUGUUUAGUGAUGAAAACACAAGCAGUUGUUCAAUAAUGUGAGCCUAUGAGGGGGUGGCUAGUAUAAGUAAAUUUGUGGAAGAAAUAUUUAGUCUUUCUACAAGUAUUGUGUGAAUGAAGUUUCUAGGUUAUUGGUUUUUUUCUUAAUUAUGUAAUGGUGUAUCUUUUGUUAACAAGUUACAAGUUAUGUACUUGUUACUUCUAUCUUGUAUGACUCUGACUUUAUGAUAUAUAGUAUAUUGUAAGUGAUUUCUAAUU